AAUUCUAUAAUAGUACCAAAACCAAUACAAAGUCACUUGCCGACCGCACUUUCUAUUUCCCACUAAGAGAAUCUAUUUGUUCAGUUACCUGACAAAACUCCUAGGCAUCUCCAACUCUUUAGAUAUCCUCUUAUUGAUUCUUGUAUGUUUGAUUUUUUGAGUCUUUGUUGAAUAUACUGCUCUCGACUUCAAUUGGCAAUCUUUGUUUUUGUUUUACUGAGGUAUGGGUUCUUCAGUUCUCUUUUCCGCUACUUCAGCUGCCGGUGUUAGAUGGUCUGCGGCUCAGCUGAAGGGUUCAAGGCUCUUUGCCCGUUCAUCUUUGGACACAGAUGUUUCUGAUAUGAGUGUUAAUGCUCCAAAGGGUUUAUUUCCACCCGAACCUGAACAUUACCGCGGACCAAAGCUUAAAGUGGCUAUAAUUGGAGCUGGGCUUGCGGGCAUGUCUACAGCUGUGGAAUUGCUGGAUCAAGGCCACGAGGUGGAUAUAUAUGAAUUAAGGUCUUUCAUCGGUGGUAAAGUGGGAUCUUUUGUUGAUAAACGAGGGAACCAUAUUGAAAUGGGACUGCAUGUUUUUUUUGGAUGCUACAAUAAUCUUUUUCGUUUGAUGAAAAAGGUGGGUGCAGAUAAGAAUCUACUUGUGAAAGAUCAUACUCACACAUUUGUGAACAAGGGUGGUGACAUUGGUGAACUUGAUUUUCGGUUUCCAGUUGGGGCUCCAUUACAUGGGAUUAAUGCAUUUUUGACCACAAAUCAACUUAAGGCUUAUGACAAAGCAAGAAACGCUCUGGCUCUUGCUCUAAGUCCAGUUGUGAAAGCACUUAUAACUCCAGAUGGAGCAAUGAAGGAUAUACGAGAUUUGGAUAGUAUAAGCUUCUCUGAUUGGUUUUUGUCCAAAGGUGGCACACGGACAAGUAUCCAGAGAAUGUGGGAUCCUGUUGCUUAUGCCCUUGGGUUUAUAGACUGUGAUAACAUCAGUGCUCGUUGUAUGCUCACUAUAUUCUCAUUGUUUGCCACUAAGACAGAGGCUUCCCUACUGCGCAUGCUCAAAGGUUCUCCAGAUGUUUACUUGAGUGGCCCCAUUAGAAAGUAUAUCACAGAUAAAGGGGGCAGGUUCCAUCUUAGGUGGGGAUGCAGAGAAGUACUUUAUGAUAAAUCUACUGAUGGAGAUAUAUAUGUCAAAGGACUUUUAAUGUCUAAAGCCACUAACAAGAAAGUUGUAAAGGCUGAUGCAUAUGUUGCUGCAUGUGAUGUCCCUGGAAUUAAAAGAUUACUUCCAUUGUCGUGGAGGGAAAUGAAAUUUUUUAACAAUAUUUAUGAAUUAGUUGGCGUGCCUGUUGUCACAGUGCAACUUAGAUACAAUGGCUGGGUUACUGAGCUUCAGGAUUUAGAACGAUCAAGGCAACUGAGGCAAGCUGCUGGGCUAGACAACCUUCUGUAUACUCCAGACGCAGAUUUUUCUUGCUUUGCAGACCUUGCACUUACUUCUCCAGAAGACUACUACAUUGAGGGACAAGGAUCAUUACUCCAGUGUGUUCUGACACCAGGCGAUCCCUACAUGCCCUUAACAAACGAUAAAAUCAUAGAGAGAGUAGCAAAGCAGGUUUUAGCAUUAUUUCCAUCAUCCCAAGGUUUAGAACUUAUAUGGUCCUCUGUUGUCAAAAUCGGUCAAUCUUUAUACCGUGAGGGGCCUGGUAAAGAUCCAUUCAGGCCUGAUCAGAAGACACCUGUGAAGAACUUCUUCCUUGCUGGCUCAUAUACCAAACAGGAUUACAUAGAUAGUAUGGAGGGAGCAACCUUGUCAGGCAGACAAGCCUCAGCCUUCAUAUGCAAUGCAGGGGAAGAAUUAGUGUCAUUACGGAAGAAGCUGACUGGCAUUGAAUCUCAAGAACUAAUUGAAUCUCCUACAACAACCGAUGAGCUAAGUCUUGUUUGAUACAUCAAAAUCAUUCUUGAAGCGUUAUGCUUCAAACAGCCGCAAAUACAGGAGGCUAGUUGAAUGCUGUGACGAAUGUAAAACUUGGUCAUCAUGUAAUUUGGAUGAAGUUAUAUAAAAUGAAUGAAUUUUUAUCAAAAUAAAUGAUAAUUUCAGACGUAUUGCAUCA